GUUACACAUGCCCCCCGCGAUGUCUUUCUAUCUGUCUGCUCUCUCCCUCGCGCCGAAACUGUGAAACUUUAGCAUUCGAGUUUCUGCCGCCGUCUCUCUGUUGCCGCCGGCCUUUCUGUAAUUGUCUCUCCCUCCCGUUUCUCUCUGUCUGUCCCUUGUAAUUUUUAUAAACGAGGUUGGUGUAGAUCCACGCCGCUAGUGACUCGCCGAGUCAACUGGCCCACUCAGUUUUCCUUUUAAAGCAUCACGCCAUUAGGUUUCAACAUACCUGUCUCUGCCCUGCAAACUCCUCCAAUGUCAACUUCCCUUAUUUCCCUCUCCCCAUCUACCAACAACUACAGGAUGAGCCAAGUGUGUCUACACAUGCAGUCAGAACAUUUACGGAAAGCUAUAACAUGCUUCUCAGUUUGUCACCAGAAGCAGAAAUGCAAUAUCAAGCAUUACAUGAUACCCAUCAAAGCCGUUUCUGGUCACCGUGUCUAUAGAACUUUUGCAUCAGUUGGGUCAUUAGAAGCAGAUGUGGCAAGCCACGGAAAUGAUGCUCCUCCUGGUGUUUCAACUCCAAACAACUCUCGGAGGUCUAGAAUGUCUUUUGACCAGACAAAUUACCCCUUGGAUGACAUGACUAAUUUUGAGAAACAGCUGCAAGAAUUAUUUGAUGAAGUCAAAAGAAUGAUUAUGAUGGGGAACAGAAAUGAUGCCAUGGACCUACUUAAAGCAAACUAUGAAGCUGUGAUAGAACGGAUGAAUAAAGGUAGCAAAGGCAUUGAAGAAGCUGCACUUCUUGACAUCAUUACCCUUGGUUAUAUGGCUGUUGGAGAUUUGAAGUUUGUUGCUUCCCUACUGGCUAUGUUGGCUGAGGUUGUUGACAGUCUAAAGGACAACGAACCACUUCUGGAUGUUGUGCUUGUGCAUAUGGGAAGUUUGUUUUCGGCUUUGGGGAAGUUUGAUAGAUCAUUGCUUGUGUACCAGAGGUCUAUUGAUAUUCUAGAGAACAGAUAUGGGAAAAAUAGCAUUUUUCUUGUCACUCCAUUGUUAGGGAUGGCAAAAGCACUUGGAUCCAUUGGCAGAUCAACAAAAGCAGUUGAAAUCUAUCAUCGUGCAAUUACUAUUUUGGAAUUGAGCAAAGGGGCUGAAAGUGAGGAUUUGGUUGUAGCUUUAUUUGGUCUUGGAAAUCUUUUGCUCAAAGAAGGAAGAUCGUCAGAUGCAGAACCUCAUUUCAUCAGAAUCUUAACCUUGUAUAAGAAGUUAUAUGGAGAAAAUGACGGAAGAGUUGGAAUGGCUAUGUGUUCCCUAGCCCAUGUGAAGUGUGCAAAGGGAAAUGCUGAUGAAGCCAUUGGAUUAUAUAAGAAUGCUCUCCAGGUCAUCAAGGAUUCAAAUUAUAUGGCUUUAGAUGACAGCAUAAUGGAGAAGAUGAGGAUAGAUUUGGCAGAGCUACUUCAUGUUGUAGGAAGGGGGAAAGAAGGCCGAGAAAUGUUAGAGGAAUCCUUGUUGAUCACUGAGAAGUAUAAAGGAAAAGAGCAUCCCAGCUUAGUGACGCACUUUGUGAAUCUUGCAACCUCCUAUUCACGCUCAAAGAAUUUUGUGGAGGCUGAACGCUUGCUGAGGAUGAGUUUGGAAAUCAUGGGGAAGACUGUGGGCCCUGAUGAUCAAUCCCUCACCUAUCCAAUGUUGCAUCUUGCAGUUACCCUCUACAAUCUAAAACGGAAUGAAGAAGCUGAGCAACUUGCCUUGGACGUUUUGCACAUCCGUGAAAAGGCAUUUGGAAAAGAUUCUCUUCCUGUUGGGGAGGCACUGGACUGUUUGGCAUCCAUCCAGACUAGGUUGGGGAGGGACUACGGAGAGUUGUUGGAGCUGCUUAAGAGACUUCUGAGUAUCCAAGAGAGAGAGUUCGGACAUGAGAGUGAAGAGGUCAUGGAAACCCUGAAAAAAACUCUCUACUACUUGGACAAACUGGGUAGGAAGAACGAGAAGUUCCCACUGCAGAAAAGAUUGUCCAUGCUUAGAAUGAAAUACAAAGAAAGGAUCCAAUAUUAAUUGCAUAUAAUCAUAUCAUAUAUCUAACCCUCCACAUCUUUCUCUCGGUUAGUAGGGAGAGGUAAUAUCUGACCAUUUCAUCUCCUUGAUUUGUCUUGAGUUAUGCUAUCAACCACACAUGUUUUACUCUUAUCCCACUACCUAAAAUAUGUCACUUUUAUUGUCUUUGGAUCAUCCUUUAUGUAAAAAUUUGAAAGUUGAUGAGUAAUACCAUCUUACCAUGGUGGGAUGAGAUUGAGAUG